AUGGCUGAUCACCCUUACAGGUCUAAUCUUUUCUCUUCUUCAUCACCAAGUUUCUUCCAAUUCAACCAUAUUUUCCCAUCUUCAAACCCUUCUCCAUACCAUCACCAUCACCCUUUUCUUCAUCACCACAGCAACAACCAUACCUUUUUUCACUACCAUCAUAUUUCAUCUUCUUCUUCACCACCUUCCCCUCCUCUCAGAGAGGAACUACCUCUUUUAAGCCUAAUCCCAGCAAAACAAGAAGAAUAUGAAGAUCAACAAGAACAUGAGGAAGAUAUUCAAGACCUUCCUUGCACUGCCAUGGAUUUAGAAGAAAGAGAAGAAGAUGGUAGUAGUAAUACUAGUAAUACAGUUACUGUUGCACUUCACAUAGGUUUGCCAAACCCUAGUGCUGCUGAAAUGGCUUCUGUACUUUCUUCAUCAAAUAACUCCUCAGAGAUCACUGUCACUGAUAAAGAGCACGGUGACGAUUCUUCUUCCGGAUUCAUGAUGCUUCAUAAUAACACCCUUAACAAAGGACAGUAUUGGAUCCCUACUCCUUCUCAGAUUCUCAUUGGUCCAACACAGUUUGCUUGCCCUGUUUGCUCCAAAACUUUCAACAGAUAUAACAACAUGCAGAUGCAUAUGUGGGGGCAUGGAUCACAAUACAGAAAAGGUCCGGAAUCUCUAAGAGGCACACAACCAACCGGAAUGCUAAGGCUACCAUGUUACUGCUGUGCAGCAGGUUGCAGAAACAACAUUGAUCAUCCAAGAGCGAAGCCAUUGAAAGAUUUUAGAACACUUCAAACACAUUACAAGAGGAAACACGGGAUAAAGCCAUUCAUGUGUAGAAAAUGCAGCAAGGCUUUUGCUGUUAGAGGUGAUUGGAGAACUCAUGAAAAGAAUUGUGGGAAGCUUUGGUAUUGUAUCUGUGGUUCUGAUUUCAAACACAAGAGGUCUCUGAAGGAUCAUAUCAAAGCCUUUGGAAAUGGACAUGGUGCUUAUGGAUUUGAUGGGUUUGAAGAAGAAGAUGAACCAGCUUCUGAAGUUGAGCAAGAUAAUGAUUAA